AUGUCCGCGGCCGCCGGGCCGGAGGUGGCGCGGCCCGGGGCGGAGCAGCCAAUGGGGUGCGGCGGGGGGCGGAGCAGCCCCGGGGGCGCGGUGACGCGGGCGGAAGCGGAAGCGGCGGCAGCGGCGCGGCGGGGCCGGGCGGGCGGCGCGGUGGACGAGACGAGCCCGCUGGCCCAGGCGCAGGCCCAGGCGGCGGCGGCGGCAGCGGCGGCGGCGGCGGCGGCCGCGCAGCGGGAGCGCAACGACUUCCCCGAGGAUCCCGAGUUUGCCGACGUGGUGCGGCGGGCCGAGCUGGCCAGCGAGCGCGGCAUCUUCCCCGAGCGCAUCUCGCAGGGCUCCAGCGGCAGCUACUUCGUGAAGGACCCGCAGGGGAAAAUCAUUGGCGUCUUCAAGCCCAAGAAUGAGGAGCCAUAUGGGCAGCUGAACCCCAAGUGGACCAAGUGGCUGCAGAAGUUGUGCUGCCCAUGCUGCUUUGGGAGAGACUGCCUUGUCCUGAACCAGGGCUACCUGUCAGAGGCAGGUGCCAGCCUGGUAGACCAGAAGCUGGAACUCAACAUUGUUCCCCGCACAAAGGUGGUGUAUCUGGCCAGCGAGACCUUUAACUACAGUGCCAUUGACAGGGUGAAGUCCCGAGGAAAGAGGCUGGCCCUGGAGAAGGUGCCGAAAGUUGGCCAGCGCUUCAACCGCAUUGGUCUGCCACCCAAGGUGGGCUCCUUCCAGCUCUUUGUGGAAGGCUACAAGGAUGCAGACUACUGGCUGCGGCGGUUUGAGGCCGAGCCGCUCCCGGAGAACACUAACCGGCAGCUGCUGCUGCAGUUCGAGCGGCUGGUGGUGCUGGACUACAUCAUCAGGAACACAGAUCGGGGCAAUGACAACUGGCUCAUCAAGUAUGACUGUCCCCUGGACAGCGCGGGCGUGCGGGACAGCGACUGGGUGGUGGUGAAGGAGCCCAUCAUCAAGCUGGCUGCUAUAGACAAUGGUUUGGCCUUUCCCUUGAAACACCCGGACUCCUGGAGAGCAUAUCCGUUCUACUGGGCAUGGCUGCCCCAGGCCAAAAUCCCCUUUUCACAGGAGAUCAAGGACCUGAUUCUUCCCAAGAUCUCAGACCCCAACUUUGUCAAGGACCUGGAGGAAGAUCUGUAUGAGCUCUUCAAGAAAGACCCUGGCUUUGACAGGGGACAGUUCCACAAGCAGAUUGCUGUCAUGAGAGGCCAGAUCCUGAACCUCACUCAGGCGUUGAAAGAUGGGAAGAGUCCACUGCACCUGGUUCAGAUGCCACCUGUGAUUGUGGAAACGGCGCGUUCCCACCAGCGCUCCGCCAGUGAGUCCUACACGCAGAGCUUCCAGAGCCGGAAGCCUUUCUUCUCAUGGUGGUAGCUGUGGGAGCCACGGGCAGGGCUUGGCCACCUCGGACUAGCACUGCGAGAGGAGCUGGGCCACUGCUGGCUCCUGUGGCUGGGACUCGACCUUCAGGGUAGAGCGAGCAGACGCGACUGGAGGAACCUGCAGCUGAACUGGAGGA